AAAUGAAGAACACUAUCGUCCUCUUGAUUUCGCUUUUUGUUUUGAUUCCUCUGUAAUCCACCACCACAGGCUACUUCCUAAAGGCUCGUGGAGCGAGCGAGAGAGAGAGAGAGACAUGGCGGGCUGUGUGAAUUUUAUUUCCCCGCCGGUAACUCUUUGCCCGCCACGUGCCUCUCUAUCUCCUACUUCACGGUUGUCCUUCUCGUUUUCCGGCGAUGCCGUGCAUUCUCUUUCCCGGGAACCAACCAUAUUCCUCCGACGUGCUUCUAGAUCUCCGUCGAUCGUCGCUCCCAGAUUCCGGGUUGUGGCGGCCGAAAAAGCGGAGCCUCUGAAGAUUAUGAUUUCAGGAGCUCCUGCUUCGGGUAAAGGUACACAAUGCGAGCUGAUUACUCAGAAAUAUGGUUUGGUGCAUAUCUCUGCUGGAGAUUUGCUGAGGGCUGAAAUCGCUUCUGGAAGUGAAAAUGGAAGACUGGCAAAAGAAUAUAUGGAGAAAGGGCAAUUGGUCCCUGAUGAAAUAGUUGUGUUGAUGGUAAAAGAUCGGUUAUCACAAAAGGAUUCAGAGGAAAGUGGAUGGCUUUUGGAUGGAUAUCCUAGGAGCUCAUCACAGGCAACAGCUCUUAAAGGAUUUGGAUUCCAGCCUGAUCUAUUCAUUCUCCUCGAAGUUCCUGAAGAUAUUCUCAUUGAAAGAGUUGUUGGGCGUAGAUUGGAUCCUGUCACGGGAAAGAUCUACCACUUGAAGUAUUCUCCUCCAGAGACAGAAGAGAUCGCUGCUAGACUCACCCAACGUUUUGAUGAUACCGAAGAGAAGGCAAAACUUCGGCUGAAGACUCAUAACCAAAAUGUGAGAGAUGUGCUUUCCAUGUACGACGAUAUAACUCUUAAGAUACCGGGAAACCGUUCAAAGGAGGAAGUGUUUGCCAAGAUCGAUACUGCUUUGUCCGAAAUGCUUCAACAGAGGAACAAGGCUCCAAGUUCUCUUUUAAGUUGAAUCAUUCUUGGUACGGGCUUCAGGAAGUGUUUGCACGGCUCGAUACUUCUCUGUUCGAAUUUGUUAAACAGAGGAACACCAACCAAGUUCACUUUUGAGUUGAAUCAUUCCUUGGCACGGACUUAACCAGCGGUAAAUAUUACCCCUUGCAUUUAUCACAGUCUAUUGAUAUCACUUGUAUCGCAAUAAUGGGUCUGUUUGUUGCCACUAAGACAAUGUCUACCUCAAACCGACCUUCUUCUUAUACUCUUGUAGAUUUACUGCAAAUAACCCAUUGUGUUCUGUUGUUGCAAUCAUGGAGACCAGGAUUCUCUUAUUCUUUAGAAAUAUAAUAGAUCUGAGUUGAUCCUUGAGACU